AUGCAGCUCGCAGGGCGUCAGCAGCAGUUUCAGAGAGUCGCUGCAUUCUCCUCCUACUCCGGUUCCCUUACGCCUUCCCUCGCGUGUGCCGCCGAUCCGGCGAGCGCUGCUCCCGCCGCCUCAUCGUCCUCCUCGGAGUGGGUGGCUUCGCCGGAGACGUGCGGGCGUGGAGACAAGAAGACGAAGAGGGGGAAGCGCUUCAAGGGUUCGUUCGGUAACGCACGUCCUAAGAUGAAGAAGAAGAUCGAGAGAAUCAAGGACAAGCUCGAGGUCCCCAGGUCCACUCCUUGGCCUCUUCCGUUCAAGCUCAUCUAG